AUAGGAGAUAGUAUAUAUAUGACCAAACCUGUAUAGUUCUAUUCAGGACUGUCGUGACGUCACGGUACACAACCUUCAUAAAUUUGAGGUUAUACAACUGUCAAAAACACGUGCGGUUUAAUAUCAUUCAAGAAAUUUGUUUUGUAUUUAAAAAUAUGGGUAAUAAUAAAAAAGGUGUAGAAGCAAAUAAUAUGGAUUCAAGUAGCGAUGAAGAUUUCGAUUCUGCUGAUUCAGAUUCAAGCGAUUCCGAUAAUGAAAUAACUCAAGAUGAUUCUCAAAUGGAUGUUAUUCCAGAAGAUGAAGAUAAUGAUGAACAAAUUGAAACGGUAGAAGAAGAAGAAGAAGAUGAAGUAAUAAAAGCUAUAAAAGCGGCGAAUACAAAACAACGAGAUCAUCCUCCAAUCAUUCAAUGUGAGGACUAUAUUGUUGAUAUUUCGUUUCAUCCUCAAGAAGAUUUAAUAGGAGUUGGAAGUAUAACAGGGGAUGUUUUUAUUUAUAAAUACACUAAUGAAGAAAAUAGUUUAUUACAUACGCUUGAAUUGCAUAUGAAAGCUUGUCGAGAUAUUGAGUUUAGUGACGAUGGGAAAUUAUUAUUUUCAACAUCAAAAGAUAAAUCAAUUAUGUUAAGCGAUGUCGAAACUUGUAAAUUAAUAAAAUUUUUUGAUGAUGCUCAUGAUAAUCCUAUAUACACUUUAUCAGUUUUGAAUGAGAAUUUAUUUGCAACUGGCGAUGAUGAUGGCCGGAUUAAAUUAUGGGAUUUAAGAGAAAAAAAUACAAAUUGUGUUUUUACAAUAAAGAAAAAUGAGGAUUAUAUUAGUGAUAUUUGUACGCAUGAAGAAGAAAAAUAUUUGUUGUGUUCAAGUGGAGAUGGAUCACUCACAACUGUUGAUUUAAAAAAUAGGAAAUUUUUUAUGCAAUCUGAAGAAUAUGAAGAAGAACUAACAUGUUUAGGUUUAUUUAGAACUGAAACGAAAUUAUUAGCUGGUUCUAAUAAGGGUAAAAUGUUUUUGUAUAAUUGGAACGAAUUUGGAUUGCACAGUGAUGAAUUUGCUGGUCCAAAAACAGCCAUAAACGAUCUUGUUCCAAUUACAGAAAAUAUUGUGGUAACUGCUUGUGAAGAUGGAAAUUUGAGAGCAGCACAUUUAUUCCCACAUCGGCAUUUAGGAAUCGUUGGCCAACAUAAUUUGUCAAUUGAAAAUGUUGAUAUUUCAAAUAAUGGAUCAUUAAUAGCUUCAAGUAGCCAUAAUAAUGAUAUACGAUUUUGGAACAUUCAAUAUUUUGAAGACUUUGAGAAAGUUGAUAAGAAACAUAAUAAGCAUAAUAAAAAGAAAGAUAUGAAAAAUAAUUUACCAUCUUCUCAAAGAAGGAAUAAUGCGGAUUUUUUUAGUGAUUUAUGUUAAUAAUGUGUGGGGCAUGAUUGAUAGUCGUACCCAAAUUGUUUUAUUAAUAAUUUUAGUUGAAUUAAAUUACAAUUU